AACCGCGAGGUGGCGUCUCUUUCACAGGAUCCCGAGCUGUUCCGUGAAAAGUUCACAGCCUCUGAAGGAAUUUGUCGGCCGCUGCCAGACUAUGCCAUCACGAGUGAAGAAAUCGUUCUGCGGCUGCCUCCAGGAUGACGAGCCACCGGAAAUCACGUAUUGCGUGGUGGAGCACACGGGCACGCUCACGCUACAAGCGAUGACGCCGACUCUGCCGAUGCCGGCCGAGGAGGAGCUGAACAAGAUGUUUCUCGAGCUCGUCGACGAGCUGGACCUGACCCAGGCCAAUCGGCAGGCGGUUUUGGCACUUCCUGCCAACAAGAAGUGGCAGAUCUACUGCUCCAGGAAGGGCAACGGCACGCUCGACAAUGGCGGCCUACGAACCACUGAUCUCAGCGGCGAUCCCGAGGACUACAUCAACAGACUGAAGACGAUAGCAAGCAGUCCUUUCCCGGAGGAAGGCGAGGAGGUGUCGAAUCAAAUGCGCCAAGUCGAGGCCCUGAAGACCGCCCUGAGGACGCAGCCGCACAGCUUCGUUCUCAGAUUCAUCGAGCUGGAUGGCCUGAACGCUCUGUUGCAAGUGCUGGGCACGAUGGAUGCUGAGGCGGCGAACAGCAAUCUCCACACUAGCGUCAUCGGAUGCUUGAAAGCUUUAAUGAACAAUUCGAACGGUAGAGCACACGUGUUAGCGCAUCCUACAGCAAUCAACACGAUAUCGCAGUCGCUGGCGACUGAGAACAUAAAGACGAAGAUUUCCGUGCUGGAGAUCCUCGGCGCUGUCUGCCUGGUACCGGGCGGUCACCGUAAGGUCCUCGAGGCCAUGUUGCACUUCCAGCAAUAUCAUUCCGAGAGAACGCGCUUCCAAUGUAUAAUCAACGAUCUUGACAAGAACUUCGGCAUCUACAAGGACAACUUGUCCUUGAAGACGGCGAUCAUGUCGUUCAUCAACGCGGUGCUGAACUAUGGACCCGGUCAGGUGACGCUCGAGUUCCGGCUUCAUCUGCGAUACGAGCUGCUGAUGCUCGGCAUUCAGCCGAUCAUCGAGAAGCUGAGGAAGUAUGAGAACGAGACGCUCGAUAGGCAUCUCGAUUUUUUCGAGAUGGUGCGCAACGAGGACGAGAAGGAGCUUGCCAGGAAGUUCGAAAAGGAGCAUGUGGAUACCAAGAGCGCGACUGCCAUGUUUGAUCUUUUGCGACGGAAGCUCAGUCACACCGCAGCCUAUCCUCAUCUUCUCAGCCUACUGGAACAUUGCCUUCUGUUGCCACUGGAUUACGGUUCGCAUCCUCAGCAUUGGCUGCUAUUUGAUCGAAUCGUGCAGCAGAUCGUCCUGCAAUCUGAAAGCAAUGAGACGGGGUCGAUAAGGAACCCCGACGUGGCGCCAAUCGAGAUUAAUGUGAAGGAGAUCGUCCAUCUUCUCGCGAAGGAGGAGGAACUCGUGGCGGCGAGGAAGAAGGCUGAAGAGCUGGAACGCGAAAACUCGGACAUGUCUACGAGGCUAGCUAAGAAAGAGCAGGAGUUGGAUCUGAGGACUCAAGAAAAAGAAGACAUGGAGGCCAGUCUGGCGAGGAUCAAGGAGCGCCUCGAGAAGGAAACUUCGAUGCACAUAGAGACGAAGCAGAAGAUUUCCGAAUUGCAGGAUAACCUGGAGACACUGUCGCGACAAAUUAACAACGAGAAAUCCGAAAGAAAGCGUUUGGAGCAGCUGGUGGCAUCGGGAAGUCUGCCAGACGAUGCAAAAGCCACUCUGAAAAUCGUGGAGGACGAAGUGCUCGAGAAGGUCGAGACCAAACCUACCCCGCCGCCACCGCCACCACCUCCGUUAGCACCUCCGCCACCUCCUUGCAUGAUGCCGGCGGCACCGCCACCGAUGAAGGUGGAGAUAAUAAAAAACGUGCCGCAGCCGAGCAAUCCUCUGAAGUCGUUCAAUUGGUCGAAGAUACCUGAACAGAAGCUGCAGGGUACGAUAUGGUCCGAGUUGGACGACACGAAGCUUUACAAUAUUAUGGAUCUCGAAUCUAUCGAUAAGAUCUUCUGCGCCUAUCAAAAGAAUGGCGUAUCCACAGAAGGCUCGAUAGAAGAUUUGAGGACACUGGGAAAGAAUAAGAAAACAAUGUCGGUGAUUGAUUCGAGAAGAGCACAGAACUGCACAAUACUGCUGUCGAAGCUGAAAAUGACAGAUAACGAAAUCACCAGGACGAUAUUGUCAAUGGAUCAGCAGAACAUCUUGCACAUCGAUAUGGUAGAGCAAUUACUGAAAUACAUACCGUCCUCGGAGGAAGCCGCCUUGCUAGACAUGCAUCAGAAGGACUUGCAGAACAGGGCCGAUUGCUUCUUAUAUCAAAUAUCCAAGGUUCCGCAUUAUGAGCAGAGGCUACGUUCGCUGCACUACAAAAAGAAAUUCGCAGCAAGCAUCGCAGAACUAACUCCGAGGAUGCGAGCGGUUCUGGAAGCAAGCCGGCAAGUGGCCAGAUCCCGAAGACUCAGGAAACUCCUGGAAUUGGUUUUGGCAUUGGGAAAUUAUGUGAAUCGCGGAAACGCGCGCGGUAAUGCGUGCGGCUUCCGGCUGGCUUCUUUGAAUCGUCUAGUCGAUACGAAGUCUUCUUGCUCCAAAGGCACUACGCUGCUGCACUAUCUCGUGCAGAUCCUCGAGGCUAGAUUCAGAGAGGUCCUAGAGAUUGAGGAGGACAUGCCUCAUGUCAGGACUGCCGCCAGAGUCAGCAUGGCCGAUCUGCAGAAGGAAGUGGCCAACUUGAAGAACGGACUGCAAGAUGUUCAGAGAGAAAUAGAAUUUCAUCGGGGUCAAGCCCAGGUACUUCAAGGUGAUAUGUUUUUGCCAGCAAUGAGGGACUUCCAGGCGCAAGCCACGUGUAGAUUAGCUGAAGCAGAGGACUUGUUCCAAGAUAUGAAGACUAGGUUUGAUCGAGCGGUUAGACUGUUCGGCGAAGACUCGGCCGGCGUCCAACCGGAUGAAUUCUUCGGCAUCUUUGAGAAUUUCCUGCAAGCUCUAGCCGAAGCGAGACAAGAUGUGGAGAACAUGAGGAAGAAAGUCGAAGAGGAAGAACGUAGGGCAAAACAGGAACAGGAGCUUCGGAAGAGAACGAUGGAGAGGAAGAACUCGCGGGAGGGUAUUUUGAACAGCAUAUCACUGAGCAAGAAGAACGAGGCGAACGGCAACGGACAAAAUGACAACAAGGGCGAGUUUGAUGAUCUGAUAUCCGCGUUGCGCACCGGUGAUGUGUUUGGUGAGGAUAUUGCAAAGUUCAAGAGGUCGAAGCGACGACCGGUCACACCCAGCGGCCAAGAAUCGCGCAGGCACAGCACUCACCGUGAAGAUUCUCGAGAGCGUCACUAAAACCUCCUACGAAUUGCCGAAACCCCCCGAGAUUGAUACUGCCGAACAAGAGGAGUUAUCACUUCGAUAUUCCUCGGAACUGAAAAAAGCGAAAUCGCGUCUCUUGGCAUUCAAACGACCAUAAAAAUACUUUCAACGCGAAUUUUCGGCGACGCGAUAACAUGUGCAGCUGACACGCGCGUUCCUCAACGCCGGUUAACACAGGUGUUUCGUACAAAUCCACCCAACACCGUAGGAAAAGACGUUAAUUCGAGAGACUGCAUUUUUACAAUAUUUACUACCACACGCGAAGAGUACGUAUACGAUUUAAUUCGUGCAAGUUUCAUUACGUAGCUAGAAGAGUUCUUCGUUCCUAAAGACUUUUUCUAUAAAGAUCUUCGUAUAACAUUCGGCACGUUUGUACACCAGACUUAUAAGAGACAUGCAAUAGCCAACGUGAACUUUCGUAGAGAUUUUAUACGACGAAAUAUCGAAUCACUGUUAAACAGUUUGCCUACAGGAAUUUGAUAAUAGCGUUAACGUUGCAUAGCACUUUUUCAGAGAACUUUUUAUAAAUAUAUUGCCGAGAUUCUCUACAUCAAACUGCUAGGGGAGAGAUUUCAGAUUUCCGCACGUUUUCACGAGAAAUUUUGCACGAGAAGCUACACGCUUUAACGAGGAGAAACUCGAUCGUGAAACGUGAUAUUAGCGUUGCAUUUCUACAGAGAAGUUUUACAGCAAGUUAAGAGCGACUUUAGAAAUACUGAGUUUCUUUAAUAAAAAAAUUUGUGAGUACAAUAUAAUUGCAAUUGCAAAUAUAAUGCCAAUACAUUUCCAAUUUUACGCGAGUGGCUUACUUUGUUUACGGGCAUAAUGAACAUUCUCGGGAAAUAAAGAAGUGGCAGUAAAGCGCGGUGCUCGUUAAAAAAUUUCUGACAUGUCUCGAUUAAUUUGCAACAACCAAGAAUGUUCACAUAAAAUAGGACAACGCGAUCGGGCAUAGCGUAAUGUAUGAAAUAAAAAAUGUUCCGGAGUAAUCUUAGAGUUAUCUCUCGAUCAAAUGGAGGAUCAAAAUCGCAACUGUCGUGCAAUAAAUAAAAAUAGUCAAGAAUAGUCGCGCGAUGUAAUAAUAAUUAAAUAAUGGACGUUAUUCGCUACGUCGAGUGUGCGCAAUGUAUCAUGGAGAAAUAAUUAACAUUCAUCGCGUAUCCUUACGGCAAACGCAUAUCAAAUUAUCGAUAUUUUUAGAACGAUAUGAAGAUGCGAGUCGACGGGCUGACUUAUAGGCGUUUUUUCUUUUUUAAGAGAAUAAGUCGGAGAAAUUAUGCGUUAACGGCAACAGCGUUGGUCGCGACGGCAUCGUGAGCUGCGCGAGGCGAGUCUUAUUUUGUACAUAGUUAAUAAUUUGUUUAUUUUGUUAAUUAAGAUCGAGCCGUCAUCAAGAGCACAACUAAACUUUGCUGAGCUCCAACGAUUAAGUGCGAAUUGGCGGAGAAAGAUGAGACAAGACAUCCAUAAAGUUCCUGCCCGUUGCAUCGAAAUCAAAGCAAUGCAAAUAUAAAUUCGCGCGCAUAUAACUCAUACAAUUGAAGACAUAUUUAUUAUUCGUAGGAGUUAAUGGGACAAUCGUGAUGGUAUAUCUGUUUAAUUGCGUUUCACCAUCGAGCAACUACCCCUUCGUCUUAGGUAGAUUCGAGAAGAAUUUUAUGGACAUCUUGUGCGACAUGCGCGAAACGUCCGGAAUUGUCGUCAGAAUUGCGAGCAAACUUGCGGUAGUGUGAGAAAACGAUUACUCGACCAUCAUAUACACUCGUCGACACUAAUAGAUAUGCGACAGAAAGGGCCUAGACAAGCAGUGACUAUAGCUGGUUCACUGUUUCCGGAAAAUUACAAGUCUGAUUUUGUAUUUUAGCGAAAUCUAGAAAGAGAGAGAGAGAGAGACACGAGUAGAGUAUGAUCUGAACGAUUAGAAGAAGCGUGUUGCGCCGGCUACGCGCCGCUUUCUGAGAAAUUAAAGUUAGUUUCCGAUGUGUAGAAAAAAGAAAGAUACGCGGAAAGUGAUUAGAGGAAUUCGCUGUAUAGUAGUCGAUGUUUUAUAAGCUUUUGUACUUUUGUAAAUAUCCAGUAUAUCGAUGUUCUCGUUCCUGUGGAGCAAUAGCUACUCUGCAAGAGGAUCAAUGUCCAGUUAAUAUGUUAUAAAUAAAAAAUAUAUAUAUAUAUAUAUAUCGUCAAUAUAUCACAUGUAUUAAUACAUGAAGAAAUAUAUCAAAUAAAUGUAAGAUCUUAA